UUUCUGCACUGCACUGCAACAACUAAUGGAAGAAGAUGGCUUUUGUGACUGGCUGAUUUUUAGUGAUGAAGUAACCUUUCAUUUGUGUGGAAAAGUUAAUAAACACAAUGUUCAAGGUUGGGGGAUGGAAAAUCCCCAUUGUUAUGUUGAACAUCAGCGUGACUCCCCCAAAGUGAAUGUGUUCUGCGCUGUUUCCAAAAUGAAGGUAUACAGCCUGUUUUUCUUCGCCGAACAGACUGUAACAGGACUGACUUAUUUGGAUAUGGUCACUGAAUGGCUGCUACCCCAGCUGAAUGAGGACAGAGCUGAUUUCAUACUGCAACAAGAUGGCGCCCCACCUCAUUUCCAUAGGGAAGUCAGAGCAUUUUUAAACCAGCACUUACCGCAGCGAUGGAUCAGACGCGGGACCGACGUUGAUCAGAAGCUCCUGUCUUGGCCACCUCAUUCACCGGACUUAACACCAUGUGAUUUUUUUCUGUGGGGCUACGUGAAGGAUCAAGUCUUUGUCCCGCCUCUAACUGCGACUAUCCUGGAUCUGAAGGUGCGUAUCAGAGCCACCAUUCUAAACAUCACCGCUGACAUGCUGGGGCGUGUGUGGGAAGAAAUGGAUUAUCAUGUGGAUGUCUGCAGAGUGACAAAAGGCGCACAUAUUGAGCAUUUAUAAUGCAUGUAAAAAACUUUGAGAGUUUUGCUACACAAUAAAAUAAGAUUCGUAUUCCUACCUCAAUUGUACUACGUGUAGUGAUUUUUUAAAACCCCGACAAUCUUUUUGAAUAGCCCUUUAUAAAGAGUUAUAUACCGUGAGGCAGAAAGGGAUUAACACUUUCCAUUGAAGGACAGAUGUGACCAGCAGUUAGUACAUCAGCUUCUUUUGCUAAAGAAAGUGUGCAACCUAACUUUGCAGGCUCACCAGUGUUACAUUUAGGAAGAUAACUGGCUGUCAUGCAGGUAUUGUCAUUGGCAAACAACUUGGCAUGUGGGUGAUUUCACAAAUCUAGAAAACUGGUAGUGAUUCUGCUAGUAAUUGAAACCACAUCUUACUAUGGACUGUACUGCAUAACUUGAACUGCUGUCCAGAACUGAAACUUGAAAUAAACAUUUUUACCAUGAUGUGACCAAGACCACCAGAAAUAAUGAAUUACCAAACUUGUUACAACUCAAAAAAUAUUCCAAUGACCACCCAAAGAAGCCUCUUGUUAA